UGCAGGGGGGUCAUGCUGCAGCUGCGUUAAACCCCCCUUUGGCAUCGCUCCCUUCGACACCCCCUGCCCCAGCGGAGCUCAUUUCUCCCGCCUCGCAUUCUUCCCGCUCCGUCUGGAUUGGAUUGCCCCAUUCGUAGAGCACCAGUGAGAGGAAGAGUGUGUUAGAGGUAGAACCAUGGGGGGAGCUACGGAUGAUGGCGCGUCCGCAGUGAUGGAAGGGGGCCCGGAGCCCAUGAGUAAGAAUGCGUUGAAGAAGCUCGAGAAAGCGAAGAAGGCCGCCGAGGAGAAGCGGGCCAAGGAGGAGGUGAAAAAGGCUGCGGCGGCUGCUGCGCCCAAGAAGGCUGUCAAGGCGCAGCAGGCCGAGGACGACGAAGACAUGGAUCCUACGCAAUACAGGAACAAUAGGUUGCGUGCAUUGGGAGAGCAGAAGGAGAAAAUGAAGAACCCGUAUCCUCACAAGUUCCACACGAGCAUUUCCAUUCCGGACUAUAUCAAAGAGUUUGGUUCCCUUGCAGAUGGCGACCACCUUGAAGACAAGGCCGUGUCUGUUGCAGGGAGGGUAAUGAGCAAGAGAGCUAGUGGUGGCAAGUUGAUGUUUUACGAUUUGCAUGCGGAUGGUUUGAAGAUUCAGGUUAUUGCGCAAUCGAACUAUGCUAGCGUAUCUGAGGAAGAUUUCGCAAAAACACAUGCCAGCGUAAAGCGCGGGGACAUUGUUGGAAUCAAUGGUUUCCCAGGAAAGAGCAAGAAAGGAGAAUUAAGUAUCUUUGUGAAGUCUAUCGAGUUACUUUCUUACUGUCUUCACAUGUUACCUAAGACAUACGCGAAAGGAGGCAAAGACCACGCUGAAAAAAGUCUCGAGAAGAAGCUGAGUGAAGUUGCUAUUGACUCAGAGGAUAACAAAGUGGCCGAGCAGUGGCAUCCUGGUGCCUCCAGGAACUUGGAUCGUUAUGUACUGAAGGACCAGGAAACCCGUUACAGACAGAGGUACCUCGAUCUUAUGCUCAACUCGGAUAUUCGUAAUGUCUUCAAAACGAGGUCGCAAGUCAUUCGAUAUGUUCGACGAUUUUUGGAUGAUAGAGACUUUGUUGAGGUUGAAACACCGAUGAUGAACAUGAUAGCUGGAGGUGCUGCUGCUAAGCCAUUCAAGACGCAUCACAAUGAUCUCAACAUGGAUCUUUUUAUGCGGAUUGCACCUGAACUUUAUUUGAAGGAGUUAAUAGUUGGAGGCCUGGACCGUGUAUAUGAGAUUGGUAAGCAAUUCAGGAACGAAGGCAUUGAUCUCACCCACAACCCCGAGUUUACUACCUGCGAGUUCUACUGGGCGUAUGCUGACUAUGACGACUUGAUGAGAGUCACGGAGGAAAUGCUUUCUGGCAUGGUGAAGGAAAUUACUGGGGGCUACAAAAUCCAGUACCAUUCGAACGGGUUGGACCAGCCUGCAAUCGAAAUUGAUUUUACUCCUCCUUUUAGGAGGAUUGAUAUGAUAAAGGGUCUCGAGGAAUAUUCUGAAGGGAAAAUUAAACUUCCCGAGUCCUUGGAGCUUUUAGAGUCACCAGAGGUUAAUAAGUAUCUGAUUGAAGCCUGUGAAAAAUUUGAUGUCAAAUGUCCUCCUCCUCAAACUACGACCCGGUUGCUUGACAAGCUUGUAGGCCACUUCAUUGAGGAGCAAUGUGUGAACCCAACUUUCAUCAUGCAUCAUCCACAAAUCAUGAGCCCUCUUGCCAAGUGGCAUCGGUCCAUUCCAGGCUUAACGGAGCGGUUUGAGUUGUUUGUGAACAAACACGAGGUGUGCAACGCUUAUACUGAGUUGAAUGACCCAGUGGUUCAGCGUGAGCGGUUUGCUGAUCAAGUCAAGGACCGAGAGAAAGGGGAUGACGAGGCAAUGGCCAUCGAUGAGAACUUCUGUAUUGCACUUGAGUAUGGAUUGCCUCCAACAGCUGGAUGGGGCAUGGGAAUUGACAGAUUCACGAUGAUGCUCACUGAUUCCCAAAACAUCAAGGAGGUCUUGUUGUUCCCGGCCAUGAAGCCACAUGAAGACGUGAUAGAACCGCCGGUCCGAGCAGCAGAUGAUGUGGCUUCGUAGGCUCUUUGCGUCCGCCUUUGGAUCGACGCAACAUUUUCAUUCCUUAUCUUCGUUAUCGUUAGGUCGUCGUCACUGCCGAGUGAUAAUUUGCUUGUACUGGUCAUGAACCUCAGAUUUAUGACGUCUGCUACAACAGUUCUGACCUGCGUCUAUCGCUUACAUUUACCUUGGGGCCCCUGUAUCUCUGAAUUAUGUGAGCUCUCAAGCUGGGGAAAGAUAUUCAUGAACAAUUCGUCUAUAUCCUUGGCUCAGCUUGUUCUUCAGCCAGCGGCACUCUAAGUGCUCUUGUGAAGUGGCAAACUAGGAAUGAGAUGGUUCACUUAGACCCCAUCUGAUGGGAAUAUUGUGUGCGAGACUGGAUCUGCCGCUUACAAAGGUGACGUGGUUCCACGUGCGUAACUGCAUAGUCAACAGUAUAAAGUGGGUCAUACAUUCAACGUAAAUUAAUUUAA